CCGGAAAUGGUCUGGAAACGUGCACAUCCGGCCAGACAGGGCGCGGCGGUUGCAGAAGUGGGGACAAGCUUGGCAUGCAGUAAACCAGGACUGUGAGUACACGAGGGGAUGGAGGCCAUACUAGAGGAGCUGCAUAAGCUGACCAUCCCAGAGCUUCGGCAGAAGAUCAAGGAUGAAGGUCAGCCCAUGGGACCAAUUACCGCCACCACGCGUAAGCUGUUUGAAAGACGACUGGCUCAGGCUCUGUACAGUAAAAACAACCCAGAGCCUCCAGGAGAGGACACCCCAGACUUUAGUGAAGAUACAGGGAGUAGAAGUGCAAGCACUGAGACAGACAGCUCCGAUGUGACACUGUCUCAACCAGCAGUAUCAGGCAGUAAUGCUGAUGGAAGCACCAAUAACAGUGACAGGGGAACAGAGGAGGGAUCACAGGCACAGGUAGAAGAAGAAGAAGGUGGAGAGACUAUGUACUACGCUGUCUCCUUACCCCCUAGUGAUGUAUCAUUGGCUGCUCACGCCAACGGCUUCGACCCUGAUCAACCUCACGUGUACACCAAGAGGUCAGAGGCGUUGACAACUCUGAAGAAGGUCAAAGGGGCACGUUUUAAGGCUUUUAAGAACAGGAAGGACGCUACUGACUUUUCCCUGCAGAAAACACCACCAGUACAGAAGACAUGUGAAGCAGAUGCUGAAGCUGCAAAGGCAGAGAAGGCCAACAACUUCAAGGCCCCCAAGGUGCCUGAGCUGAACCGCCUGAGGAAGAGUUUUGAGCAAGGGGACAAGGUGACCUUCACGGAGACUGUCUGGAACAACCCUCGGUUUCUCAUCAGCUCAGGGGACACGCCUGUCAUACUGCAGGAAGGGUCUAGGUGGAGCGCUUUACACGUCGCAGCCAAAGCCAACCUGCCCAACAUGUGUGAGUUGGUGUUGGACAUCUUACAGGAUCACGAGUUCCUUCAGCUCAUGUAUACAGACUUGUGCACCCCUUGUAGAAAAGGUGGACCACCAAAAGCCUUUUACAUAGAUGGGGACCAGCCAACCAAACUAGACCUGGACGUGUUCCUCGCACUACAGGGCAUUACCAUCCCAGCAGAGAAAUAUCCCAACAUAGUGAGAUGGAAGGGUUUGAUCACAUCAUUCACAGAACAUGCCAGACAGAACUGGCCCAGCCCAGCCGGGCUCCAGAGACAGAGGAGACACACCUUCAGUACCCGGAGCCCUCUAGCAGCUCCCUGUAUGAUGACAGGCUCACUACCACGUCCAGGCCACAGGGAAACAACAGACUCGGUCAUCGAUGACCUUAAACAAGAAUUGUUUAGAGGAGAGAGCCCUAACUGAGCCAUCACAUCAUAUCAAUAGACACAAAUUAUUCAAGUAUGUGUAGUAAGAUAAAACUUAGUUAUAACACUCUAAAGGAGCUGUUCUUGGAAGAUCUUUGGAUUUUUCUAGAAUUGUGUCAAGACCAAGAAAACAUAUAUUUUAGUGUAGGAUGAAUAACUAUAUCUGCAUUUACAAUAUCUAUUUCCUUAAUAAAAGUGUUUUUGUUUGUUUGUGCCUUAUAUAAUAUAAAGUUGCCUAUUGAGUUUCAGGACUAAUAUUAAUCAGAUUGCAGUGUUUGAAAAUAUUUCCUGCUGAUGAAAAUCUAAUGAAAACACCUGAUACAAGUUUAUAA